GUGCUGUCUGUGUCUGUGUCUCUGUCUGUGUCUGAGCUCCAGACGUCCCUCUGUCUGUCCCUCUGUCUGUCUGUCCCCCCCACUCUGCUCGGUGUUUCCCGGCCAUGGUCAUGAAGUUGGGUUACUGGGAUAUUCGAGGGCUGGCUCAGCCGAUCCGCCUGCUGUUAGAAUACACAGAAACUCCGUACGAAGAGAAGCUGUAUUCCGUUGGCGAAGCCCCAGAAUAUGACAGAGGCUCCUGGCUUAAAGAGAAGUUCACCCUUGGACUGGAUUUCCCAAAUCUUCCUUAUUUGAUUGACGGCGAUGUGAAAAUUGUCCAGAGCAACGCAAUCAUGCGCUACAUAGCCAGGAAGCACGGCCUUUGUGGGGAGGUAGAGGAUGAAAAAAUCCGUGUUGAUGUUAUCGAGAACCAAUGUAUGGACUUUCGCAUGGAAUUUUUCCGCGUCUGUUACAGCCCCGACUUUGUUAAACUGAAGCCCGGUUAUGUGGAGAAGCUGCCAGAUUUGCUGAAGCAGUUUUCAACAUUUCUUUCGGAAAAGCCCUGGUUUGCUGGUGAGAAGAUCACAUUUGUGGACUUUUUGCUGUAUGAAGUGUUGGAUGAACAUCUUAUCUUUGAAGCCAAGUCGUUGGAUGAAUUCAAAAACUUGCAAGCUUUUCUCAAGCGCUUUGAGGCUUUGGAGAAGAUUUCUGCCUACAUGAAAUCGGAUCGUUUCAUGAAAGGUCCAAUCAAUAACAAGAUUGCCAAGUGGGGCAAUACCAAGUAAUGAAAGCACCAGUCGUGUUUCCAAAUGUACCUGGUAGGUUUGAAACCAGAAUUUGUUAGCAAAGCUUCAAACAAAUGAGAAUAAAAUUUCAGUUAUCUUU